AAAUCUGCAGUUUACGAUGGAACCCUCAAUUCCGUCAGAAAAAUCAUGCCCGGCCACCUCUUCCACGAUCUGAACCCUUGCAAGCCUUGGAGAACGGAAACAGUAAAAUUGGCUGAUGCCAUCGGCAUCGCCGGAACCCUACAUCCUAUCCCGUUUAUUUUAGUCGGCGACUAUGGAUCCUCGCGCAGCAGCUCUGGAAAAGGGGAAGCCGCCUAGGCCUUUCAAUCGCCGCAAUGGUGGUAACGUCGCGGCUCCACCUCCCUCAUCGUGGUUUGAAAUUCGCCUUUUCUAUGUUCGUAUCUUUCCCUGCACACCCGAUGCUGUCCCACCGAACCUCAUCCUCUCCCAUCUCAGACGUGAGAUCGGAGUCGUUCUCGAAAUCAACGGUUCCCGCAUCCCCUCCUCCGAGCCCACGUUCCUCACCCUCCGCCAAGACCGUCUUGACUGCAGCUCGGGGGAGGUCACUUACCUCAGUACCGACGGCGUCCGGCUCACGGGCUCCGUCGAAUUUGAAGUCUGCGACGGGGACGGGAACCUCAUCCUCUGCGGAUCGUUAGAGAAUAUGGAGGCGCCGGGUAUCAAUGGGACUCUUGGCUUCGAAGGACACCGAGAAUCUCGGGAUGACCCUAAGGCCAGAUGGAGCAUGAACUGCUUUUCUGCAGCUUCGAUUGCGUCGUCGGCUUUUGUGCAGCCGAAGUUUGGAAUUUCUUCGCCUUCAAUUGAGGUUUAUGUAGCUGGGUGCUUUGCUGGUUCUCCCUCGAUCCUUACGCAGACGAUUCAGCUUAGUCCGAGAAAGAAGGUAGCAAGGUCAGGAGCUUUGGACGCGAUUCCAGAGGACGAAGAGGCUAGCUGCAAUCCAAAGAGUUGUAGAGAGGUAUUUCUGUGCUCUAGGAGCUCCUUAUCGG